AUGAGCGCGCCGGGGGAAAUCGGUGCCUUCGUGGUGUGGGACUACUUGGUAUUCGCCGGGAUGCUGCUCAUCUCCGCGGUCAUCGGAGUUUAUUACGCCUUCGCCGGGGGCGGCCAGCAGACCUCCAACGACUUCCUAAUGGGCGGCCGGAGAAUGACUGCGGUGCCCGUGGCGCUGUCCCUCACCGCGAGCUUCAUGUCCGCGGUCACGGUCCUGGGGACCCCCUCUGAGGUCUAUCGCUUCGGGGCCAUAUUCAGCAUCUUUGCCAUCACUUACGCCUUAGUGGUCAUCGUCAGCGCCGAGGUCUUCCUUCCAGUCUUUUACAAGCUGGGGAUUACAAGCACCUACGAAUACUUAGAACUUCGUUUUAAUAAACACAUUCGCCUCUGUGGAACCAUUCUGUUCAUCGUUCAAACGAUUCUGUAUACUGGAAUUGUUAUUUAUGCACCGGCUCUGGCUUUGAAUCAAGUCACUGGAUUCGAUCUGUGGGGUGCAGUCGUUGCCACUGGAGUGGUCUGCACUUUCUACUGUACAAUGGGUGGUCUCAAAGCUGUCGUCUGGACAGAUGUUUUCCAAGUUGGCAUCAUGGUGGCAGGAUUUGCAUCUGUGAUCAUACAGGCUUCUGUGGUUCAAGGUGGGAUCAACAAUAUUCUGAAUGAUUCCUAUCAUGGAGGAAGAUUGAACUUCUGGGACUUCAAUCCAAACCCUUUGCAAAGACAUAGCUUUUGGACAAUCAUCAUCGGCGGGACCUUCACAUGGACCACCAUCUAUGGUAUUAACCAAUCCCAAGUCCAGCGGUACAUUUCCUGCAAAAACAGAUUCCAUGCAAAACUGUCCCUGUACAUAAAUCUUUUAGGACUCUGGGCAAUUCUCGCCUGUGCAGUGUUCUGUGGGCUCGCCCUUUAUUCAAGGUACCACGACUGCGAUCCUUGGACAGCGAAAAAAAUAUCAGCUCUAGACCAGCUCAUGCCCUAUAUGGUGCUGGACAUUUUACAAGAUUUCCCAGGACUCCCAGGACUCUUUGUGGCAUGUGCUUACAGUGGAACAUUGAGCACAGUGUCCUCCAGCAUCAAUGCUUUAGCCGCAGUAACAAUCGAAGACCUCAUCAAACCUCACUUCCCAACACUCUCAGAAAAGGCUCUGUCUUGGCUUUCAAAAGGAACAAGUGUGCUAUAUGGAGCUCUGUGCAUUGGAAUGGCAGCCCUGGCGUCACUCAUGGGAGCCUUGUUGCAGGCAGCACUCAGUAUCUUUGGCAUGGUCGGUGGACCACUUUUGGGCUUAUUUUCUCUGGGGAUCGUGGUCCCCUUUGCCAACUCACUUGGGUCGUUUAUAGGACUCGUUGCUGGAUUUGUCAUUUCCCUUUGGGUUGGAAUUGGAGCUCAACUUUAUCCCCCACUUCCAGAGAGGACUUUACCCUUGAGCCUUGUUACUGAUGGUUGUAACAUAACCAACUCAGACCAGGGGAACUGGACGAUGACCACCACAGAAAUGCCAUUUUCUACAAGUGCUUUUCAAAUUCCCAAUGUUGAAAGGACUCCCCUAAUGGAUAACUGGUAUUCCUUAUCAUAUCUGUACUUCAGCACGAUUGGAACCUUGGUCACUCUACUUGUGGGAAUAAUUGUUAGCCUCCUAACAGGAGGAAGAAAACAAAGCAUAGAGAACAGAUUCCUACUAACAAAAGAAGACUUUUUAUCCAAUUUUGACUUUUUAAAGAAGGAGAAACAAGAUUUAAACCAACAACCUUAUGCAAUGGAAGAUGGCGGUACUUUAAACCCUGCCUUCAACCACAUGGAAAUGAACUUCACAGAAGGCAGUGGAAAGACCUAUGGGGAACAUUUCUGA